CAUGGUCCAUUCUUUCCUGAUAGUUUACUCGAAUUAACCUACGACUUAAUUAAAGAUAUGAAUUCGCACAAAGAUAGCUGUUUAGAUUCAUCUUGUUACUGUCAACAAAACAGCCUCAUGAAAAAAUUUCACGGCCUCAAGACUAAAGGUAAACUUUCACAAAAUAAUCUAGAUUAUUUGCUCGACUGCUGGGCCACUGAUGGCGGUGAUGUAACUCUAUUGAUUGAAACUGGUAAACGAGCGCUUAAUCAGUCUGAUUUUCUCAUCGCACGUGUUUGUUUUGAAGAAGUUCAUCGAAUCAGGCCGACCAAUUGGAUUGCUCUUGACACUUUAAUUGGUCUUUACUUCAUUUUCAAUGAUAACAGUAAUUGUCUAAAACUUGCGAUCAAAGGUUUGACUGCAGAUUGUAAUUACUUCAAAGCUCGUGUUUUAAUAUCAGAGAUUUUGAAAUCAACACCAACUUUAAAAUCAGAAAUACCUGUUGAUCUUGAUUAUCUGAUUCGGGGUAAAUCCACAGAUGAUUUGACAAGAAAAACAAAAAUUUUAGACGAACUCAACAAGACGAAACAACUUCGUGAUGGACAAAAGAAGACUGAAACUCAACAAGAAAGGGUUCGAAAAUCUCUGCAAUUAGACCUCAAUUCAGAAACACUUUCAUCAUUAAAAUCCCUGAUUUCAGCUCUAAUAACUGUUAGUAGUGACAUAGAAAAACAGCAUGUCAAUUAUAGAACAGUGAUAACAUUGAAAAUCUCUGGCAUUCAUCGUUCCAAUGCUUCUGUGAGUAACGGGUCAAACUCUUCCAAAGAAAAUCAAAACAAUAAACGAAAGAGCCAAGGUCAUGAUUCAUUAGCAAAACGAACAUCAGUUGAAGAUUCACAGCCAAAAGAUCCAACAGCCGAAAAUAUGUACAAAAAGAUAUUCUCAAUGUUCCCCGAAAAUAUUUUAGCUCGUGAAAUAGCCCAAGAAGAGGAGCUAGAGGUACAAACACAAAACGAAGCUCAAGUGGAACAUUUAAUUUUAACCCGUUACCGCUCGAAACAAAUACCAUUCGCCUCAAAAGGAAAACAAAUAUAUCGGCUCAUCACUGAUCUUCUCUAUGAAAUAGCAAACGAAGCCACUGCGAUCAAAUUACCUUCUAAUUUCAUGAAGCUGUAUAGAAUUUAUCGAAAAUGGAAUAAGUUACCGACACCUUUAACGUGCUCUAUUGAGAAUAUAAGUGUUAACAAAACAAAAUUAAUUUUAAUUGCUAAUGAAGUUCAGUUCGAUAAAUCCGAAGCAAUAUUUCUAACUGAAUCGAUUCCAUAUCUCCGAGAUUUAUUCGAUACCAACGAUUAUGAUAAAUUUUUCAUUCGUCUCAUGAUACUUCGAGGAGUGAAAGAAUCCGAAGUUGAUUAUCUUCUAAUGGCAAAUGAAAUGUUUACUAAAUCUAAACUGAAAUCAGUUCAAGCAGCAAAUCAAACUGUCUAUACCUCAUUUUCACUUAGAUCAAUGAUUAAUAAGAUGAAUGGAAAUAAUUUGGACACAUUAUUAGAUCAACAUCGACACCAGGAAAUUGUUGAACUAUUAGCAUCUAAAUCUGAACUCUCUGAACAAGAAGAAGAGUAUUUCUAUCAAGCCAUCCAAUCAUCACAACAAUGGAAACGAGGGAUCGAAAUAAUUGCUAAAAGUAAACAAUUAACUGAUCGAUUGUUAAAACUAUUACUAUUUUAUCUAAAGAAUGGUGAUGGAUCAUCUAUUGAUCGAGAAUUAGCGAUCAAAUUGCUAAAAUUAGGGACCGAAGAUUACAAUGCACUGGCCUGGACUUGUAUUCUACAAACAUUCAUAAACGAGAUGCGACUUGGUAAUACGGGUGAAGAAAAAAUUGCUAAUUUGAUUAGUUCAGUUCACGAUUAUCUAGGGAAUAAAAAAGCUUGUUGUCAUUCCAAUGGAGAGUUUUUAUCUCUUUCACUUGAUUACUUGACCGAUCAAGCAAAUAUCGAGAGAGAGAAAUUAAUCUUUAGCUGCCUUGGUUGUUAUUACAAACACUUAGGAUGUAGCUUUUUAUCAGCUAAGCAUGAAUCCGGAGUUUCUCUACUUUGGAAGGACAUGCAUAAUAUUUACAAUUACUUCAUUCCAAAAACUUUACCAACUUUUACAAGUGAAAUAAGUAAAUCAAUUAGUUCAAAUACUGAAGAGUUGUUAUGCAAUUUGCUUCCCUUGGUCCCUGAAAAUUUAAAUCCUGAAAGAUUUUCUAAUUCUGUCAAAGAAUAUAUCGAUCAUGGAAAAUCAAUUGAGCUUACAACAAGUAUUCCAAAAAAUCAUGUUACUCAAGAUCUUUACUAUUAUUUAGCUGAUUAUUACUUUAAAAACAAAGACUUUCAGAAAGCCAUCAAAUUUUAUAUUCUUGAUCUAACUUUAAAUCGGAGUCGAUUUGAUUCAUGGGUUGGCUGUGCUCUUGCAAUAACAAGUCAGAUUGAUCAAUAUUCUUCGACUAAUGGUCGAGUUUUCUACUCAUCUACUCAUCAAGUGUUACUUCUGGGGAAAAAAGCAUCUCGUUGUUUCAUUAAAGCGGUUAAGCUGAAAAAAAGUGAAUCCAAGUUAUGGCUCGAAUAUGGAAAGCUCUCUUACAGUAUAGCGAGUUAUAUUUCUCGAGUCAUGAAAUUUGGACCAGUUUUGGAGAAUUCAAAAAAACAAGAAAUGGCCGAGCAACAUCAAACUUUUCUCGAUCAAGCUAAAGUUUGCUUCGACCAUGGUAGCAAGUUACCUGCUUCCAAUGAAAUUAAUUAUUAUUAUUAUUUUUUAGGAAAAAUCGCUGAAAGAAAAAACAUCUUACAAGCACUUGAAUAUUACGAAUUAUCUUUGUCUCAUCCUAUUUCAAGUGAAGCGAUUGCUGAAAUUGAUAAUGUAAAUUCUACUACUGAAAUUCAUUGUUUUGGCAGCGAAAUUCACUAUCGGAUUUACGCUUGUGUCCUUAAGCAUAUUUUUAAACAUAGAAAUCUAUCAGCGCAAAUAUUAUCACAAAUGUUAGGGUUUUUAACUCGUGCUGCAAAAAAUACUUUCUUUGGUUCUUUACCAGAAGAUGUCGAAGAGGUGAUACGUGAUUCGAUUACAUUGGAAAGUGAAGGACAAUUAUGGUAUGAAAAAAUUCAAGAAUUGUGUCUGGCUCAAAUGUAUAGAAACAUAGGCCGUUAUCCUAACCGUGGCAAAUCCCUCUAUCGACUUGCGCAUCAUUAUUUUCACACGAAAGAAUAUAAUAAUAUUAAGUUCGCUCGAGAGAUACUCAGCAAUUCGUUUCAAUCGACAACUCGUCCAGAAAGUUCUACUGCUUUCGGGACUGGGGAAAGUUCAUCCAUGCUCGUAAAGUUUUUGUCGAUUGGAGAUUGUUUCGUCCCAACUAAAUGUAAUUAUUAUAUAUUCCAUGGAAUCCAGAAGACAUUGAAUAAUUUUAUCGAAAGACCAGGAAGUUUUUGUGCUCUCAUCCGUCGAUUGACGGAUUUAUUGAUUGAUGUGAAACGAUCAAUAGUUUUAAAUGAUCCUGAACCUUCAUUGAACAUCGCAAUAUUUUUGGACUCAUCAGUGUGCAGUAACAAAGAAUAUCUUCCUGAAACCGACCGAGAAAAUCUUGGGAAAAAAGCAUUGGAACAUUGUUUUAGUAUUUAUGAGAGUAAAAUUGUAGAGGCGACAGGGGAUCGAAACAAUUUAGAGAAAAUUGCAGCUGAAUUAAGGGGAAUAUGUAACGAAUUGGUGAAAUAUCCUAUCUAUGAACAAUCUACUAAACAAUUCCUCGAAAAACAUAGAAAUUUGCUGAAUGUAUUACCAUUUAUUAAUCACUAACUUUAAUGAAGAAUAUCUCUCCUAACAAAGUUUCUUAAAUUCACGAAAACUUUUCCGAUUCUGAACGAAACUAAAAUUGUUUUAAUUGGAAUAUUUAUGUUUUUUAACUACGAAAAAUAUUUUAUGCAAUUAAAUGUAUUC